AUGGUUUCUGAGCUAUCGCUCCCGGAAUUUGAGGCUGGGCUUUCAGCAUCGUUGACUUGCAAGCGGAACUUCGCGUGCUUUGCAACGUUUGCAGGGGAGAUUAUCGGCGCUCUCCGAGGUUCUCGGCUCCGCGUGCAGCUGCUCGAAGACUUCAGCACCAUCGGGAAGGACUCGGUUCUUAGUGGGGAGCUUCAGGUGCUGGUUCUUGCCACGAUGCAGGAGCUGCCCCCGCGCGAACAGAACGAGGUGGCCAGGUGGCUGCGGGCGCUCAGGAAGGUGCACCCAGGACUGGUCUGCAUAGCGACGAUUGGGGCGCACGAGAACGGCGGACCGGGGAUGACCAACUUCCUAAGACGGCAGUUUUGGUUUGCGACGCGAGGGCCGAAGCGCGCCUGCGGGGCGCUGCGGUUGCCCAAGCGCGCGGCUUUCACAGUGCAUCCGGCGGUGCACCGUUAUGUGCUGGACGUGCUCGUGCACAUCCGCAUGCACCGGCUGCUGGACCACUCGCAGGCUGGCGGCGCCUCAUCCAGCAGCGCGGAGGAUGUUCUAGAUCUGUGCCGGUGGCUCUGUUCGGCCAACCACCCGGAGAAAACGUUUGUGACGCCGGACGACGUGCAGCAGGCAUGCGCGUGGUACUUCCCAAUGCAUUUGGACGUUAUCCGGCUGCCGCAACAGGAAGCUUCCGUUUUGUACGGUACCAGCAUGAAGUUCGCGGAAGAUCUUCUCAUCGGGCUGCGCACAUUCCUGAAGAAAACAGGGACUGUGGACAAUCCGCUACUACUAGAGACAUUAAUUGUCCAGGAAGUGCUGGGCAAGGUUGUCCCGGCUAUUUAG